GUGCAAGUAGCUUCUUUUUCUUAUGGUUGCCUCCCGGUGUAGCAAUAACAUCGCCCGGGGACAUAGGAAUAUGUUAAUUUCGGACAUGACACUUUUAAUGACACACAACUAACUGUCAGAGCUCUUUUAAAACGCAGUUACGAUACACCCCGCCGUUGACUGGUUUGAUUUUAUGUAGUGGGGACGCUCCGUAACAAAAAUCAAACACACCCCUCCAUCACUGCACUGCAUUCUGGGAAAUGGAGUAAGCAUGACCCGAGGCGGAAAAAAUAAAUCUGAAGUAGUAGUUCCGUUACUGGCAAUGGUGGGACAACACUCAGUCAUCACACAGUGAAUACGUGUUGUUGUUUUUAAGCGGCAGUGCCAUGUAAACCGAGCAGGACUCGUUAAUUUCCUCGGCAGCGGGACGGAAACAAACCGGAGCAGCAACAAUGGCGGCCGAGAACGUGAGCGUGGUGUUCAAGCUGUACUGCCUGACUGUGAUGACGCUGGUGGCGGCUACGUACACAGUGGCACUCCGGUACACCAGGACCAUCUCAUCGGGAGACCUGUACUUCUCCACCACCGCAGUGUGCAUCACUGAGGUCAUCAAACUGAUCCUGAGUCUGGGGAUGCUCACGAAAGAAACAGGAAGCCCCAUCAGACUGAAGAACGCCUUAGUGCAACAUAUAUUCUGCAGCCCGAAAGAGCUGCUGAAGCUGAGUGUGCCCUCGGUGGUGUACGCAGUCCAGAACAACAUGGCCUUUCUUGCGUUGAGUAACCUCGACGCAGCAGUUUAUCAGGUGACCUAUCAGCUGAAGAUCCCGUGCACGGCCUUGUGUACAGUCCUCAUGCUGAACCGCUCUCUGAGCCGGCUGCAGUGGUUUUCUGUCUUCAUGCUGUGCGGGGGCGUAACACUCGUCCAGUGGAAGCCUGCUGAGGCCACUAAAGUUCAGAUUGAGCAGAAUCCGUUUGUCGGGUUCAUGGCCAUCGCUAUCGCUGUCCUGUGCUCAGGAUUUGCAGGCGUGUACUUUGAGAAGGUGUUGAAGAGCUCAGACACGUCUCUGUGGGUGAGAAACAUCCAGAUGUACCUGUCCGGCAUCGUGGUUACACUGAUCGGCGUUUACGUGAACGACGGCGAUAACGUCAUGGAGAAAGGCUUCUUCUUCGGUUAUACACCUUGGGUGUGCUUCGUAGUAUUCUUGGCCAGUGUGGGCGGUCUGUACACGUCGGUGGUGGUGAAGUACACCGACAACAUCAUGAAAGGCUUCUCUGCUGCAGCUGCCAUCGUUCUAUCAACCGUGGCGUCUGUCCUCUUGUUUGGACUACAGAUAACAAUCUCGUUCGCCUCCGGUGCCAUCCUGGUGUGUGUUUCCAUCUACCUAUACGGACUUCCAAAGCAGGACACGUCCCAGCUGAGCCGGAAAGACACAGACACUGAGUCUAAACAGAAAACGAUCACUGUUUGAAUCGACGACCAGCAGCACAGGAGUGUCUCUCACUCUCACUGGUGGACCAGGUGUGUGUCUCGGGUCAACAUUUUAAAAAGGACCCAAAAGAGCUCCUGCUCACGAGGGAGCCAAAUGAACGCUCGGUGGAGCUGAAUCCAUGUUCAGUUCUUCACAUCAGCUUUUGUUUCCCUUUAAUGUAGAUCCGCACCCUCCAUCCAGUGCUCCGAAUCUCCAUAUAAUCUGAAGCCAGAUUUGAUCACUUUUUCCAUCAAUAUAAAUGAACACAUUUAAUUUUUUAAACUGGCCCUCAUAUCAAGGUGCUUUUAAAGUUUGUAAAAUAAUCAAUCAAUGAGGUCCUUCAUCUUCAGCCACGGUGGCGCAAUCAGUACUUACUUUUAUUCCUUCCAUAUAUCUGUUAUAUGAGGAAUAUAAAUAUCACAACUCCUCACCAUGGAGUUAUUUCAUUUUCAAUCAGUCAGUAGUCUGUUUUACACUGUGCAGUGUUAGUGUCUUAUGUCCAUUUCACACCCUGAAUGUGCCAGACUCACAGGAAAACCUACUUGAAAGAAGGACAACGACAGAUUGCAUGUGUGAUUAUGUUAAUAAGUGUCUUGUAAUCUUUUAUAUCACAUGUGCGUCCCCCUUCUGUUUUGAAGCUUUUGUUAUUAAACUGAAUAGAAAUAUGAUAAA